AUGAACACUAAAUCACCGGUCCUCAGUCUAGUGGCUGUUGUUACUUUUGUGGUGUGUGUAAAUGCUGCUGGAACAGGACGUACCUGCACCCUGUGUUGUCCGGAAGGUCAAGUGCUCAACAAAUCUGCUUGCACAUGUCAGCCAAAAGGCCCCAAAGUGGAAUGCCCUCUAGUUAACUGCCUGGCUACCGAACCCCCGUGCUUCGUCUACAAGACGAACCCUACCACUGGAUGCCAGACCUGCGAAUGUUUGUCAUUUUGCUCCUCGGGUCAGCCAUUCUGCGACUUGGUGUGUCCAGAAGGUGAACUACUAAACGCAACUAUUUGCAAGUGUUUUCCAAAACCUGAAUGUCCUUUGGUAAAAUGUCAGGGUCUGACGCCUCCCUGCUUGUCGUACCGGAGAAACGAUAAGGGUUGCCAAACUUGCGAAUGCAUCUUCCGUUGCCCUGUGCGCACAUGUCCAGAGAAGUGCCCUAACGGAGUUGAGUAUUUUGAUGACCAGUUCGGUUGUAAAUCCUGUCGAUGCCAACAGCCCAAGAAUUGUGAGCCUUCCACCUGCACACUGUACUGUGCUAAAGGAUACGAGAAAGACGAGAGAGGGUGCGACAAAUGCAAGUGUCAACCUUGCGGGAACCUUUGCAAAAUUUAUUGCGAAUUUGGAAAUCUGGUGGAUUUUGAUGGAUGCCAGAUUUGUGACUGCAAGCCAAAUACAGAUUGUGGGCCAGUCUGUUCGAAUGCAACUUGUGAAUAUGGAAGAGUGUUGGAUAGACAAGGAUGUCCUACCUGUCAGUGUGUGAAACAGUGCCCAUGUGGACCUGUUUGUGCAAUCGCCUGUACGUACCAGCAAUUGUACGACAAAUAUGGGUGUCCAACUUGUACAUGUUUGCCAGAACCUUGA